AUGAUGAUGAUGAUGACUGGCCGUGUGCUGCUGGUGUGUGCCCUCUGCGUGCUGUGGUGCGGCACUGCUGGAGCUGCUGCUGAUGGUUCUGAGGAGAGGGCGGAUCUUUCAGGGAUAGGUGGUGGAUCUCUGCCGGAAUUAAAAGAAAUUGGAAAGUCCCCAGAAGAACCCCAGGGCAAAAAAGAUGAAGCAGGAGAUGUUAAAGGAAAAAAACAUCCCGCAUCCUCAGAGGAUGAAGAAGAAGAUGAUGCAGAUGGUGAUGAAGAAGAUUAUGACGUUGUUGAUGAUGAUGAUGAUGUUGAGGAAGAAGAGCGAGAAGAGGAAACAGUAGAGACAGCAGAGACAGAAAUACCCAAUGAUCCAACAAAAGAGGAAGCAUCAUCACCACCACAAUCAAAGCACGAAAAAGGGCCAGCAGCAGCACCAGCAGAAGGAAUCCCAACAACACAAUCACCAGCAACGCCAGUACAACCAACGACGCAAGGACAGCCGCCAACGGCAGCGCCAUCACCAGAAGAUUCACCAGUGCCAGCAGCGUUGGCAGCAACAGUAACACCGGCAGUAACACCAUCAGAACAAGGAAACACACCAGCAGCGGCGCGGAAAAAGGAUGAAAAACAAUCGGAAGAUAUUGACCCGGCACAAGAAAGCGAACAGCCCGAUCCUCAAGAUGUCGUGUUAGUGCAACAUUCACAAGGUGUUCACGAGAGCAAGGAGUCAAACAACAAUCCACGAAACCCAGCCAGCGCCUCCGCCACUGCCAACCAGCGGGAUGCAACAUUUAACGGUCGUGGUGAACCAGCACAAACAACAUCUUCAACUAAAAGCGGUUUUGAGAGUAACGACGAUAACAGUGGCACUGAAGAAGGGAUAUCAAGCGAUGAUCCAACUGCUGACGGUGCAGGGAAAAACGACACAAAAAACAGUCAAAAUAAGCAUGGCAAUACGAAGGAAACCCCAGUCGAAGCCACAGCCGUAAAAGCCACAACGGCGACGACUGGCGAGAGUGACGGCAGCACCGCGGUCUCCCACACCACCUCCCCUCUUUUGCUUCUUGUUCUUGUUGCGUGUGCGGCUGCGGCUGCGGUGGUGGCCGCGUGA